AUUGGCAUGUUAAAAUUAAAAACUUACAGGGAGCAUGCUCUUAAAAUCACACUUAAUAAUAAAAACUGCCGCUUGUUAGUAUCAGAAAGAAACAAGUUGGAGCCGCAGCAAUGAACUCAACUUCCCGGAAAACAGAGGCGGAGUCCGUCGUCGGCCGCCGCUAGAUACAGCGAGAAAGUCGUCUAGGUUCCUCCUUCUCUAUAUAAAAAAUUUAUCCGAUGCGAUUCCACCGCAUCAGAAGCAUUGCGUCGCAGCAGAUACCCACACCGCACUGUCAUUUCUCAAUUUGGCGCUAAAGCGACGCGUGUCACAAUCUAGGGCAUGGCUGAUAAGAAGACAAUUGCAAUUUGUCAGUCAGGAGGAAAAUUUGAAACGGCAAAAGAUGGUACUUUGUCAUAUAAAGGCGGUGAUGCUCAUGCUAUGGACAUUGAUGAUCAAAUGAAAUUUAUAGACUUUAAGGCAGAGAUAGUAGAAAUGUUUAGUUUUAAUAAUGUUGGUAGCAUAUCUAUCAAGUAUUUCCUUCCUGGUAACAAGACCACUCUCAUUUCAAUUUCGAAUGAUAAGGAUCUUCAUCGAAUGGUUAAGUUUCAUUAUGAUUCGAGUAUUGUCGAAAUCUAUGUCUUUAUUGAAGAGGUACUUGCCCUUGAGGUCUCAACCAUGCCUGCCAGUAGGUCAAGUAGAACAACUUUGUCUGAAACAGUGUUGCCAAUCAAUACCAUUAUGAAUCCUGAUGUUGAUUAUGCUCCACCUGUUGCUUCUCAUGAUACAAUUCAAAUUGAUACGGAUAUGGACAUACCUCUUUUGAGUCUUUCCUCGAACGAAGAGAAGCUGGCUAAAGGGGCACAACAGUGGCAGAAUACUAUUACUGGUGUAGGUCAAAGGUUCAACAGCGUACAUGAGUUUCGGGAGUCGUUGCGUAAAUAUGCCAUUGCUCAUCAAUUUGCAUUCAAAUAUAAAAAGAAUGAUAGUCAUCGGGUGACUGUUAAAUGCAAAGCAGAAGGUUGCCCUUGGAGAAUUCAUGCAUCGAGGCUGUCAAGUACUCAGUUGAUAUGCAUAAAAAAGAUGAACUCAGAACAUACUUGUGAAGGGGCUGCUGGUACAACAGGGCAUCAAGCAACUAGGAAUUGGGUGGCAAGUAUUAUAAAGGAAAAGUUGAAAGCUUGUCCAGACUACAAGCCCAAGGACAUUGUCAAUGACAUCAAGCAGGAAUAUGGAAUUCAACUUAACUACUUUCAGGCAUGGCGCGGGAAAGAGAUUGCAAAAGAGCAGCUUCAGGGUUCUUAUAAAGAGGCGUAUAGUCAGUUACCUUUCUUUUGUGAAAAGUUAAUGGAGGCUAAUCCUGGCAGUCUAGCUAUGUACACUACUAAGGAAGACUCAAGCUUUGAUCGUCUCUUUGUAUCAUUUCAGGCUUCCUUGAAUGGCUUCCAACAAGGCUGCCGACCACUGAUUUUCCUUGAUAGCAUUCCAUUGAAGUCAAAAUACCAAGGUGCAUUGCUAGCAGCAACAGCUGCUGAUGCAGAGGACGGUGUAUUCCCUGUUGCCUUUGCUAUUGUUGACGCUGAAUCUGAUGAUAGUUGGCAUUGGUUUUUGCUUCAACUCAAAUCAAAGUUGUCAACAUCUGUUCCUUUAACAUUUGUAGCAGACAGAGAAAAUGGGCUGAAAAAUUCGAUCGCUGAGAUAUUUGAAGGUUCAUUUCAUGCAUAUUGCCUGCGAUACUUAACUGAGCAACUUUUUAGAGACUUGAAAGAGCAGUAUUCUCAUGAGGUAAAGCGACUCAUGAUUGAGGAUUUAUAUGCUGCUGCUUAUGCAACCAAACCAGAAGGCUUUCAUAACGGCAUGGAGAGCAUCAAAAGGAUUUCUAUUGAAGCUUACGAUUGGAUAAUGCAAAGUGAUCCGGUGAACUGGGCGAAUGCAUUUUUUCAGGGUACUAGGUAUAAUCACAUGACUUCUAACUUUGGGGAGCUGUUCUACUGUUGGGCUUCAAAUGCAGACGAUUUACCGAUAACACAAAUGGUGGAUGUUAUUAGAGGCAAGAUUACGGAAUUGAUUAUUACUCGAAAGGCGGAAUCUGAUGAAUGGUCGACUAGGCUGAGUCCAUCCAUGGAGGAGAAGCUUAAAAUGGAAAUUCAAAAAAGUCAUUCACUUCAAGUUAUAUUAUCGGCCGGCAGUAUAUACGAAGUUUGUGGUGACUCGACUGAGUUAGUCAAUAUUGACAGGUGGGAAUGUAGUUGCAAAACAUGGCAGCUGAGUGGGGUACCAUGCUGCCAUGCCAUUGCUGUCAUUGUUGCGAUAGGUCAGUGUGUUUAUGAUUUUUGCUCUAGAUACUGUACAACUGAAUGCUACAGAUUGACUUACUUCGAGUGUAUAAAUCCGAUUGUGAAUAUGAAUGUACCAGCAGCAAUUGAGCCUUUGGUAACAGUAACGCCUCCUCCCACACGACGACCACCAGGUCGACCGGCUACAAAACGAUAUGGAUCUCAAGACAUAGUUAAGCGUGAUCUACAUUGCAGCCGAUGCAAGGGACUAGGGCAUAACAAGUCUACUUGCAAGGAGGAGUUAUUAUAUCUCAAUAAUACUUGAAAGGAUGAAUUAUAGUGCUGGCCACAAUAACUGUGGCAUUUUCUUUUUGAUGCAAAUAGUAACAAUUAACUGAUUAGUAUGUCCCCUUUUGAAUUUCAUAACAGAGUUUGAACCGAGGGUUGGUGGCAUAGGAAACUGUAUAAUGCAUCUAACAGUUCUUUUGAAGGGACUGAAAAAAAAAUAUAGAGUAGAAUAGCCGUUUUAGUUGUGCAAUAAGUGAGCAUAAUAGUAGUUAGUGUUUGUUAUUCUUUUGCAGCUGUAUCGCUAGUUUAAGUUCGAUGGCGUAUUAGUUGUUGUGCUUGGAAACUAUUUUAGCCCAACUUGUUUGAAACCGAACUAUCUUCACUGAUUUAUUAUUAGGAAAUACUAAAAUAAUUCUUUUGUUUUUUUACA